CUGCGUUUGGCGUAAUUUUAAUAAUAUAACGAUAAUAAUGAUAAUGAUGUCGAUUCCUUUAUGAUAAUGAUAUUUAGUUUUUAUUCUGUUGAGUUUCAAUUUCUAUGGUAUUGUUCUCGAUAACUAUUCUUAUUCUUAAAUUAUUUUGCAAUUUGCAAUGCCAGAAUCUUUCACUCUCUCUCAGUUUGAAAGUUGAAAGAGUGAUUACGGAACCAACUCCUCCCCGUUGUGCCUAAUCUCUGCACAUUUCCGUUUCCCUCCAGCCGCCGUGAACCGCCAGUGCAGGGGAUCCAAACACGUGGCAAUGGUAUAUUUCGCUUUGGCACGCCGAGUUGGACCGAAUAAUAAACCAGCUUGAGUUAGCUUACUAACUAGCUAUUAAUAAGAGUACGGGGUUGUUGAGUGUGUUAAUGAUAUUAAUAUUGAUGAGAUGAGGAUCCUCAACUCAAAUUUCAACUAAAACUUAGCUCACUAACUAGCUAUUAGCUAUUAAUAAGAGUACGGUGAUAGUUGAAUGUGUUAAUGAUGAGGAUCCUCAAUUCAAAUUUCAACUAAGAGACUGAAGGAGCAACACAAUCCGUUGAUAUGCAAUCUAAUUGACGGCACCAACAAAACGACAACGAGAACAAACAACCUUAUGGGGGAGGAGGCGCACUCUAUAGAAGUUGUCUCUUCCAACAUUGACACCAAAUUAUACGACGAUGACGACCGUGUUAAACGAACAGGAACGGUAUGGACUGCAAGUUCGCACAUAAUAACAGCUGUAUUAGGAACUGGUGUGUUGUCAUUGGCAUGGGCCAUAGCUCAAAUGGGUUGGAUAAUUGGUCCUACAGUUAUGCUUAUAUUCAGUCUCAUUACUUGGUAUACUUCAGCACUUCUAGCUGAUUGUUAUCGACAUGGCGAUCCUAAUUUCGGAAAGAGGAACUAUACUUUCAUGGAAGCUGUUCACACCAUCCUAGGCGGUUUCAAUGAUACCCUUUGUGGGAUAGUUCAGUACGUAAAUCUAUACGGAACUGCUAUAGGAUACACAAUUGCUGGUGCCAUUAGUAUGAUGGCAAUAAAAAGGUCUGACUGUUUCCAUUCCUCAGGAGGAAAAGAUCCAUGUCAAAUUUCAAGCAAUCCAUACAUGAUCAGUUUUGGAGUAAUCCAAAUUUUCUUUUCUCAAAUUCCUGAUUUUCAUGAAAUGUGGUGGCUCUCAAUAGUUGCAACAAUCAUGUCUUUCACCUAUUCCUUAAUUAGCCUUGCUCUUGCAAUUGCCAAAAUUGCAGAAAAUGGUUCCUUCAAGGGUAGUCUCACAGGAGUAAGCAUUGGAACUGUGACAAAAGCCCAAAAAACAUGGGGAUUUUUCCAAUCUCUUGGUAACAUGGCCUUUGCUUAUUCAUAUUCUCAAAUCCUCAUUGAAAUUCAAGAUACCAUAAAAAGUCCACCAUCUGAAGUAAAAACAAUGAAGCAAGCCACAAAGAUAAGUAUAGGUGUGACAACAACAUUUUAUAUGCUUUGUGGCAUGACUGGUUAUGCAGCAUUUGGAGACACAGCACCAGGGAACUUGCUCACUGGAUUUGGUUUCUAUAAUCCAUAUUGGCUCGUUGAUAUUGCUAAUGCAGCUAUUGUAAUUCAUGUCGUUGGAGCAUACCAAGUAUAUUCGCAACCGCUCCUCGCCUUCAUCGAAAAAGGGGCUAUCAAAAGAUGGCCAAGAAUAAACCAAGAAUACAAAAUUUCUAUUCCUGGUUUUCGUCCUUACAAUCUAAAUUUAUUUAGAUUCAUUUGGAGGACAAUAUUUGUGAUCACCACGACGAUUAUAGCUAUGUUGAUUCCGUUUUUCAACGAUAUAUUGGGAGUAAUUGGAUCAAUUGGGUUUUGGCCUUUAACAGUUUAUUUUCCAGUGGAGAUGUAUAUCAAACAGAUGAAGGUCAGAAAAUGGAGCCAUAGAUGGAUCUGUAUGCAAAGUUUAAGUUUUGUGUGUUUGAUAGUAUCAAUUGUGUCUGGUAUUGGAUCAGUGGCAAGUAUUGUGCUUGAUCUUAAGAACUUCAAACCAUUCUCAAUUAACUAUUGAAAUUCACUCAAUAUUUACUGUCUAAUUUGGUGGUGUAGUAAGCAACUAGCAGUGAUUAAUAGUGUGGUUUGUGUGUGAUUAUCUAUUGAAUAAUAGUGCUAGUUAAAUAUAUAUUAUCCUUUUCUUAGUAUCUUUAAA